AUGCCGCCCACGGUGACUGAGGACGCUGCCAAGGCGGCAGAACCCACCACUCGUCGCAAGCACAAGCGCGACCCGCGCUACAAGACGGUCCUCUGCAAGAACUUUCUGGCCGCGAACAAGUGCCCUUACGGCAAAAAGUGCCAGUUUGCGCAUGGUGACCACGAGCUCCGGCAGCGCCCCGAACUUCCCGAGCGCAGCAAGGCGAAGCAAUCACAGCUCGAUAUUCUGGUGCCCCUUCCCGAGGAGCCCGAGUCAGCGCCUGGCUCAUUCCUGCGUGCGCCAGCGUCCAAUGCAGAGGAGGGUCGUGGCUCCAUCGACAGCCUCCUGCAGCUCGAAGCCGACAAGGCCGCGGCGGUCCAGGCGGAGGACUACGACACCGCGUCGCGUCUCAAGCGACAGAUCGAUGCAAUCAAGCUCAACGCGGAGUCGCCCCGACCCACCUCGCCUGUGGUGGAUGUGGGCCAGCUCUCGUUGACCGAGCGCAUUCUCCUCGCCGAGGGCGCUCUCGGUGGCUCCUCGGCGGCGAAGGAGCCCACGCCCGACAGCACUGAGGUUGGACUUCAGGUCAACCGCACGACUGGAAGGGUCGAGGUCGGAGCCAUCUCGCGCAAGGCUUCCUUCAACACUAUGUCGGUCCGCAGGCAGCUCUCGCUCGUGCUCGAUCACGGCGACGACGCCGAUGAGAACCGCGUGCCCUCCGACGCGGAGCGAUCGGCUGCGGAUUCGCACUCGCUAUUUGGUCGCCGCUCAAUCGCCCGCAUGACGAUGGGAGCUGCUUGCUGA